AUGUCAUCAACGAAAGGGAAGUCGCCUCGAUCCGAAAAGGCCAUGGCCGAAAGAUCCGAGCAGCAUGGAGCAGGCCAUUACAAAACCCUAGUGGAACAAUUCUACGAAGCCUUGUUGCUGCUCAAAGCUCUGAGUGGCCUUCGUGAAGGCUACGACGGAUUCCCUGUGAGCCAAAACCUAAGGAAAGAACGUCUCCGAAACUUCUUGCGAGGUCUAGCAUACUUUUGCGACUUCAAGAAGGGGGGCGAUACAUACACGGGUAUUGGCCUCGAGGAGGCCGAGACUGAAUAUGUCUUCUGGGUUGCCUCAAACAAGUAUCGACCUGAUUUGGCAGACUUCCUUGGAGACUUGCUGAGCCGCCUUAAGCAACUGAAAGAUGCUCCAGAGGACAAUAAAGGGCGUCUCAGACGCAGCUUGCAAGCAAUGUGUUUCUCGAAAGCAGGGAAGCGGAUCGACACGUAUCAAGGACACUUGACCAAAUCCAUUGCUGAGGCUCAAAGUAUCCUGGCCACACCGAAGACAGAGCACGAUCGAGAAUUGUCUUCAUGGAUGUCUGAGCUCAACAGGGCUGAUAGUAUGACCUAUGUAGAGCUUUGUGAUUCUAUAUUCACUGCUUCAAAGGAAAAUCACAUGCUGAGACUUCUCCGCUCUCGGGCAAAGUUUGAGAGAAGUCUGGAAAAUAUCCGAGGCAAAAGAAAUGCCUUUGACGAAGUUAGGCAUUACAUUGGCCGUUUGGCUUCUCAUACUCGCACGCUCAAUCAGCUAUGCGAUUAUGUAGAAGAUCCCCUGAUUGAGGAAAUAAUCCGCGCCCCAGUGGUUCGGCAGAUUGAUCCUCUCGAACAGGCAGCAGAAUCGACAUAUAAUAUACACACAGAACUGAAGGGGCUUCUCGUUGGGAUAAAAGAUGGCGCUGAGAGACGAGAAGUCGAAUCUCGGCUGGAUGACUUGAACAGACAGUGUAAGAUUUUCGAUAACAUUUCAAACCAGUACGAUAAUCUCAAGCCCAGGGUCCACGCGGAGGUUCAGAUCCUUGAGCAUUUCUAUAGAAAGAAACUCAGGUUUGCCAACAACGACAAGUUCGUUGGCGGCAGUAAGCCUUCUUGUGAAUGCUGUUACCUAUACUUCAAGUACCACCCUGCCCGGAUGGUACUUCCGGAGUCAUCACACAAGGUCUUCAUCCACUGGAGCUUGCCGCCAGUCGCCGAUCAGAGUGGACAUGCCGAGUUCAUACAGCAACGGAAAAUCUUGAGCAAGAUGGUCAACGUCCUUGUUUAUGAUGCCAUUUCUGAAAUACUGGACUGCAGAACAGCUCCCUGUUGGCGCCCCGAUUCUUUGACCGAUCUAUCCAGCACCAUUGCGUCCUCCCCGUUGGUGGAACCAGAUGAUGUGGCUGGACCAUCUUGA